AUGGGGACCACUGGUGGCAUUACACGAAGAAAAUCUGACUCACUAUGGAAAAGAAUAAGCAACUCCAAGCGGUCCUGUGAGGCUAGCACUUCGAGUCCCAGAGGUGCCCAAUUCCCGCGCGACCGCGGAUGGCCGCGGAGGCUUUUGGAGCCAACUGGAAGCGCAGUGCGCGUUUUCCGGAGCGUGGGCAGAGAGGACAGGAACAGGCGCGGCAUUCUUGGGCACCGAUUGGCUGAAGCGAGAAGCAGCCAGCCGCUGACUGGCUCGGUCAUUCGCGGGAAGGAGUUCGUGGCGCCAGAAAAAAGUAUCCAGAGCCGCGGAGUAGCCGAGUUCUGGGUUGUUCCGCAACUUGCCGAGAUCCGAACCUUCUCGCCCUCUUUGCGGAGAAUCGAGACCAAGAUGUGGAACAGUGGAUUCGAAAGCUAUGGCAGCUCCAACUACGGGGGAGCUGGCGGCUACACGCAGUCCCCAGGGGGCUUUGGAUCGCCCGGACCUUCUCAGGCCGAAAAGAAAUCAAGAGCCCGAGCCCAGCACAUUGUGCCCUGUACUAUAUCUCAGCUGCUUUCUGCCACUUUGGUUGAUGAAGUGUUCAGAAUUGGGAAUGUUGAGAUUUCACAGGUCACUAUUGUGGGGAUCAUCAGACAUACAGAGAAGGCUCCAACCAACAUUGUUUACAAAAUAGAUGACAUGACAGCUCCACCCAUGGAUGUUCGCCAGUGGGUUGACACAGAUGUAAGUGGCUGUUUUUGAAUCAUGACUGGGUUACUUUGGAACUAUGGAGAUGUUGAACUUUUUUAGCCUUUUCAAUUUUUUUUAAUAAAAAUAAUACAUAAGAAAGAUAUCAAAGACAGAUACCCUAAAAUGAAAGGUUCGUAGAUUUGAUUAGAUACCUUCCUGAAAAUAUCAUAAACAAAAUUAAAAGUCAAAUGACAGGAGACAGUAGAAUUAGAACAAAGAUUUUUUUUUUUUGUUUUCCAG